GUUAGCGAAGUAGCAUGAUACCGCAACGAACGGUUCCACCAGCCAUUGCAGUGUGCAACAGAGCAGUGUCAAGUGUGGAGUCGCCUCUGAAUAUGUCCUCAACAAAGAAGAAAUCUUGCAGAUGACUGGAUUAUUGGAAAGGGAUUAAUUAUAUUGCGAUAUUUCAAGGAUAAAUUACAUAUUUCAUGGCGAUUUUGCGGUGUUUGUGGUGUUGAAAACUGGCUUGAAAUUACGUACCUAGACAUCUUUAUUUAUAGCUUCCAAAGAUGCCUCUUAGAAAAAGGGUGGUUUUUGUAACUUACGCCCUAAUAAGUAUUCUGUUUAUGCUUAAUUUAUACUACAAAAAACAAAACAAGUCCCCUCCACUAGUGAGUUAUCAGCCUUACUUCAAUGGUAGUACAAUAAAAAAUAUUGAAAAUAAGCAGAGACAUACAAUAUCUAAUGUUUUGGGAAAUAUCCGUCGUAUGACUCCCAUUCAUGUCAACAAAAGCAGUCAAGUGAAAUUGGAGAGAUUUUUCGACGUUGUGAAAAGAAAUUCAUAUAUAAGAAAAUAUCUUGGGAGAUUGGAAGAAGUCUAUGAUGAUCUGUUUGCUAAAUUAUAUCCUGUUAGUGUUGGGGUCCCUGAAACGCCCACUGAAACUGCUAAAACUACUGAAACUGGAAAUGAGGCUGUAGACACUAACCAUGAUUCCUCUAUAAGAGGUAAAGAAGAAGACGGCGGUGUUUCUGUGACGUCAUACACCCUCCCGGGAUGCAACUGCUCUCGAAAAAUAGGACGAAAUAAGCAACAGAAUAAAUAUGUCGUUCUUAGGAGAUAUUCAACUGAACGUCAUAUGACAAUGAGUCGAACAGUGCAAAUGAUCAGCUCGUGCAGUGAUCACGCCACCGCGCGUGGUUCCAGGCAGAAAGUCAUAUCCUACAGCUAUUUCGGCAACACGAGCGACUUAGGCCUAUACAACCGCUACUUUUCGGAAAUAAGGAACCGAGCCCUUGAGAUCCGUCAGUAUUACCCAGGUUUUGUGAUGCGCGUCUACCACAGCGUUGGGCCAGAUGAUGAAAAGGGCCAGAGGGAAAUAUGUCGAGCAUUCUGCGACAUCCCGCUUAUAGAUUUCUGCGACGUACACUCUCUUCCAGCACCUUGGUUUGAUUUUGGUGCCCAACAAAAAAUGGGGACACUGUGGAGAUUCCUGACGCUGUUGGAUCCUCUCGUCGACGUGAGCUUGUUCCGGGACCUAGACUCCUACAUACUUCCCAGGGAGGUGGCAGCUGUGGAUGAGUGGCUUCAGAGUAACUCCUCUUAUCACGUCAUGAGGGACCAUCCCCUCCACAACGGCCAGAUGUUGGCAGGUUUAUGGGGUUGUCAGACUCACCUGGACAGAGCCAACGCCUACCAUUAUGGUGCCUUGAUGUUUUCGCAGCCUUACCAUGACUUGUGGGACUACGAUCAGCGACUGCUGCGCAGGAUCCUCUGGCCUCAGAUUAGGAACAGGACGAUGGUCCAUGACAGUUACACCUGCAGAGCCAAGUUAUUUCAAGGUCAAGGGUCAGCGAGACCUUUCCCCACACGGAGGGAAGGUCGCAACUACACAGGUUAUGGCAAGACGAAGCUCGAGACCACGAAACUCCUGAGGACUUGCCCCAUGGUUUGCAGGCCUAGGUCUCAUAAGGACUGGCUUUUGUGUUGAUCUGAUUU